CUCGGCCCAUGCGAGGAUCGAACCCCAAGUGCGUGGGAGGAAUAUGCGGGGAUGAGAUCGUUGAUGGCAUGGACGCUCCUCUCGUGGAUGUGAACCAUGCUGACUGUAACAAGGACACUGAUCCAGAUUGCCAGACUAGCGUUCAGCCGCUGUUUGACAAGUCCCAGAGUGGGUCGUCGUUGAAGCAGAGGAAGAUGUCAGCCAAUGCAGCAUCUCGCGACUUUGAUGCAUACUUUGCCCUUCAGCAGAAAGACGCGAUGAGGAAGAGGGUUGCUAUUAAGCCUGUCAUGCACGCCAAAUCUCAUUUCCAUGAUCGCGCUGGAACCAAGUUCGGCAUCUCAGCAGCCCAGGCUCAGGCUCAGACGCAAGCAAUCUUCAACAGGUUUUCUGAGCAGGAUGCAAAAGAGGAUGAAUCGGCCUCUAUCAAGCGUGCCCACUCAUUCACCGCUCGCACAGCCAAAUCUGACUUGGGAAAGUAUUGGUCGCAACUCGCGAGCUCCAAGCACGCCUUCAACAACGGCAUGCUGAAGGACACUAACAGGGGAAAGAUGAACAAGAUCUCAGCACAGAAGGCUGACAGCGAGAUCCUUGCAUACUUCAAUAGCAUGUCGAAGAAGUCCAGGAGACAAUCCCUCCGACAGACCGCGACCCCAGCUCAUUAUACGGUCAGCGAGAGCAACAAGGACUUGAAUUCCUACUUCAACCACUUGGCUGCUACCAGGCAUGGAGCCAACAACAAUCAUUUGAAGGAUACCAUCCCCCAGCCUUCUGUCGCCAAGGGACAGCUCCAUGGCAUCACGGCAAAUCAGGCCAGCAAGGACUUCAGCAAGUAUUUCAGCUCCCAGGCCAAGAUUGCUGGCAAGGCUCGCAAGCCUUCGCACAUGUACUCUUCUGCUGACGCUAAGUCCGAUCUCGGCCAUUACUUCGCCAAGCAGCAGAAGCUCGCUGCGGAGGUCGAAUACAAGAAGCCCGAGAAAGAAUGCAUUGGCAAGGAUUGUCAGUCCAGCCGAAGCCCGUUGCUAGAGAAGGCGCCUAAGGGCUCUCUGAAGCAAGUCUCGGAGAAGCACGGCCUGAGUGACGCUGCUGCUCGCAAGGACAUCGCAAAGUACUUCCAGAAGGAGCAGAAGCUUGCUGAGUACGGAGUGGGCCCAGAGGAGGAUCAUGCUAUCGAGGUGAACAAGGCCAUCGGUGUUGAUGCCAUGAUGCCCGAAUCGGUGAUGGAGUCCAACGAAGCUCCUUCUAGCGAGACUAUCGACGAGGUCAAUCAGGCCAUUCAGCAGCAGCGAAGCGAGGGUUACACCAACGGAAACGGCAUGCCGGCUGAGGACAUCCAGAGCCCUUGAAGAACCUUCUCUCAUGUCUCGGGUGUUUGACAUUAAACAGACGAGUCACUCG